AUGGGAAGAAGGCAUUGCGCUGAUCAUGGAGUAUUGCUCCGGCGGGGAGUUACUGCAGCGAUUAGAAGCCCAAGAGGUUUACGACGAAGCGGAUGCUGCAGAAGCAACAGUUCAAAUCCUCCAAGCGGUCAACUACCUGCACGCGCACGGCAUAGUACACCGCGAUUUGAAGCUUCAAAACUUCCUCUAUGA